ACUGUAUACACGCAAACACACACAAGUAUGUGACAAGCAUCGAAGUGGUGUUAAUUGAAAAAUUCAAUAAUAAAUAGAUGACAGUCGAAAUUGACAUACAUAUAAAUAUAAGCCACAAAGGAAAGUAAUAACAAUAUCAGUUAAUUAUUUGUUAUGAAAAUAGUGACGAAUUGAUGUGACCGUCACCGCUAUAAACGCGAAGUUCAUUUUGAUUUAAUUGUCCCACAACGAAGCGCAUGCACACCCCAAACCCAUCCUACCACCCACCUAUCCGUGAAUAGCCGCACACAGAGCGUAACAAAUUGUCGACGGCGCGCCCAUUCGCUGCUGCGCGAUCAUUCACAAGUUCAGUUGAAAUAAAAAAAAACAUAAAAAGCACGAUUUCAGUGUACGAUUUGUGUAAUCACUUGAGGGACGGAUGCUAAGUUUUUACAUAAGUACAUACAUAUCUAACUACUUAUAUGUAGAUAUAUGUAUACAUAUCUGUGCAUUUGUAUAUGUGUAACGACCAUCUAGUCGAAUUCAGUCGCAUAAUCAAUUUGUCAGUGCGUUCACUUAUCAAUAGCGCCGUUUGUCACAAUCUGUACUGAUCAUGCGAAAUUUCGGCUCGGCAUUCGCUCGCUUACGCACUCACAUUCAUAAGAACGAGUAUACUUAUAUGCGCACGAGUGUCUGAUAUGCAGUUAGUUAGUAUUUAUUACCUGUGUUGUAGCGUGAAGCUUUGAACGCGCACGUAAAAAAUUGUUUUAUUGUAGCUAUUGCCACGCAAAUUGAUAUACAACAAAGACGCAGAAGUGCAAAACAAAACAACAACAAUAACAACAAUAAAUUAGUGCAAAUAAACAUAUUUUGCAUCAACUAAAGUCAACAAUUGCAACCAUUCUACAAUAUAAUAAGCGAUAAGCAAGAAGGAACGCAUUGUCAUAAUUAUCGUCAGCCAUCCAAAAAGUCAUUGCAACGUUAAAAAGCAAACUAAAACUAUUGACAAUUGUGCAAUUGAGUAAUAAAGCUAUUGCAACAAUUCCAAGGCAACGGUCAGCAAUUAUUUCAAUAAUCAUAGAACUUCUUUGCCACUCAGCCGCAACAAAAACACGUCCGACGCCGUCACAGCGAUUGGCAUUAUCAGCAGCGUUGUAAAUAAUUAGCAACAACCAAAGUCGAAAGCAACAAUAACAACCAGUUAGCCUGUGUGCCAGUGUCAGUACCAAUUGCUGAUUGCAAAGUGUGCAUAGCGACAGCAACAGAAGCGGCAAUAGUAGCUAAAGCAUCAGUUGUAGCGAGAACAGCAUCCCAUCCAACACAAUAACAUCGACAUCCAAGAGCCAGACUACGAGUAUAGUAAAAAUAGCAAAUAACAACAAAAAUGUUGAAAACAAAAACCAACGAUGAUAAAGUGGAUACAUUACUGACCAAGGGUCUGGUACCGAUAAUUGAUCUCGCACAUUGCGGGACUGAAGAAACGCCUGUGCGUUCGGUUGUGAAUCGUGUUGGUCUUCAGCUGCAGAAAUGCUUGAACGAGAAGGGUCUAUGUUUGCUCGUAAAUCAUGGCAUUUCCGAUGAAAAGCUGAAAACCGCUUGGGAUCAUCUUGAUGACUUUGUAGAUCUACCCAGUGACGUGCGUGAACAUUACAUACGCACCGGUGAUGAUAAUCACGGUUACGUACGGCCUGGUGUUGAACGUUUCAAUGGCAAAACACCGGAACUUCGUCAUGCUUUCAAUAUUUGCACGCUAAAUGCGAAAAAUCUACCUGAGGAGCCACUACCCGGUUUUGCAGAACAUAUAUCCUCUUUGGCACAAGAUUUCAAAGCUCUUUCACGUUUCAUUCUGCAAGCCUUGGCCGUUUCUCUAGACAUACCACAAUCAUUUUUCCUUGAAAAACAUUCACACAUGUUAUCUGGUGAUCAUGAUAACGAAUCUACGCUACGUCUACUGUACUACCCACCCAUAAUUGAGGAUACGGAUGAGAAGAAUGAUUUUAUUAAAGGCAGUUGUAUAUACAGUUAUCAACGUUGUUUAUCGGAUAAGCCAGAUUUUCGUCCAGAAACAAAUCCGCGUGAUGAAAUCAAUGAAUUGGAUGGUAAGGAUGAGCUUAAUGGCACCACCGAACGUCAGUUGCCUAACGGUGAGAUGAUACGUUGUGGUGCACAUACAGAUUAUGGCACAUUUACAUUGUUGGCUCAGGAUUCGGAAGGUGGUCUGGAAGUAAAAUUGCCGGGUAGUGAAAAAUGGCAACGUGUUGGUCAUUUACCCGGUGCCAUACUGAUAAACUGUGGUGAAAUUCUGUCGAUAUGGACGAGAGAACGUUAUCCGGCUUUGCCACAUCGUGUUGUCAUCCCAGAGCAACAGCAUAUACGUUCGCGUGGCCGACACUCUAUUGCCUUCUUCUGCCAUCCAGAUAAUUUGACGAUGAUUUCGCCAAAUGACCUGCCCAACAAUGAAAUCGGCACAGACACCGUCGAUAAGAAACCGCGCAAGAAGUCUUUCAAAGCGGCAAAAGAGAAGGUCUACAACGCAUACCAGUUGAUACAGAAGAGAUUUCGUGAAACGUAUGGCCACCAUCAAACAUCGCACUGAUAUUCACAUAUAAAUUAAUUAUUAUUUUAACUUUAAGCUCUUAGAUAUCUAUUAUAUGUAUCAAUCAAUCACACCUACGUACUUUACAUAUGUAGGUUUUUUUUUAUCGUCUAAUUACUGUUAGAUAUAAACAAUAUUUUUGUACUAGCUUCAGUUGUAAAUUUUUCCUGGAAAAAUAACUAGUUAUGAUAUAUUAUUGCCUGCACAUAACGACAUCAAAUUAUUUUGUUGUUGUUGUGUUGGAAUGCUGCGUUGAGUGAGCUUAAAGAAAAUUUAUUUACAUUUUUCACAAGAUGAAGCUGUAUUAUUCUGCUUUUUCGUCUUUUUCGUUAAGUUUAAUUUAAUUUACACUAUCUAUAUAUAAUAUAUAUACGUGUAUAUUAUACUUACAUAUAUACCUAAAACCGUACAUUUGUAUUUAUGUUCAACAUAAUUUCAAUUUGUAUUUUUAUUUAUACACUUUAUUAUUAUUAUUAUUUUAUUUUAGUUAAAUCAUGUUAAUACACACAGGCAUAUACAACUUGAUACAUCUACCAAGCGUCUACAUACUACAUACAUACAAACAUAAAUUCAUACAUAAAUUUAUUUGGAAGUAAAAAAGUACAAAGGUAUGAUUACUUCUGAAUAUUUUCCCACACUCUGUAUCUACAUACACACAUACACUUAUAGAUAUGUACGUAUAGAUAUGUACGCAUA